GCACCUUUUAAUUCAGCGACAAAAGAAAAAAGACCUACAACUUCCCUUGUUUUCCCCCCAAUCUUUUGCACUAAUAACAACGUUGAAUCCAUCACCUCUCCAAUCACCAAUUAUUCGCAAAAGUGACCCCUUUCCUCUUCUGUUUGGGUUUUGUUGUUUCCCAACCUAAUCGAAACCUCCCUCCUAUUGGUCGAUCUGGGGAAAAGAGUCCUCAGAUUUUACACAGCAUCUGUACCAACGCAGAUCUCCGAAUCCAACGGCGUGAUUACGUAAAUAAAACCAACGACCUCUCUAUUUUGCUCAAGUCAACUCCUCUCUUCCAAUUUCUACCCCUUCUUGUUUGCUACAAGAAGCUCUUCAUAAUACUAUCCCCCCAAUGGCUGAGGAUAAUAAAGUUCCAGUUAGGCUUGAGGGCAAGUAUGCUGCAAUGCUAGUGUGUUGGCUUUUGGGCAAUGGGUGCCUCUUUUCUUGGAACAGUAUGUUAACUAUUGAGGACUAUUAUGUCUACCUAUUUCCGGAUUACCACCCCUCCAGGGUCCUUACCCUCAUAUAUCAACCAUUUGCACUAGGAACACUUGCAAUACUGGCUUACAAUGAGGCGAAAAUGAAUACGAGGAAAAGAAAUCUUUUUGGAUAUAGUCUUUUCUUCAUCAGUACACUCUUAGUUCUUGUUUUGGAUUUAGCUACAUCUGGUAAGGGAGGGCUAGGAACUUUUAUUGGAAUAUGUGCUAUCAGUGGUGCCUUUGGAGUUGCAGAUGCCCAUGUUCAAGGUGGAAUGAUUGGAGACCUUGCAUAUAUGUUACCUGAAUUCAUACAGUCUUUCCUCGCUGGACUGGCUGCAUCUGGUGUUCUAACAUCCGCGUUGAGGUUAAUUACCAAAGCAGCAUUUGAGAAUUCAAAGGAUGGUCUACGAAAUGGUGCAAUUCUGUUCUUCUCUGUAUCUACAUUCUUUGAGCUGCUUUGUGUCCUCCUAUAUGCAUUUGUCUUCCCAAAGCUGCCGAUAGUGAAGUACUAUCGCUCAAAAGCAGCUUCAGAGGGAUCAAAGACUGUUGCGGGUGACCUUGCUGCAGGGGGAAUUUACAAACAAGAAGGAUCAGAAAUAAAGAGUAAGCAUGGUCCUGAACAUGUGGAGCGACUUAACAACAAACAAUUGUUAUUGCAGAACAUAGACUAUGCAAUAGAUUUGUUUCUGAUAUAUGCUCUAACAUUAUCAAUUUUCCCGGGAUUCUUGUCUGAGGAUACUGGAUCUCACAGCUUAGGAUCAUGGUAUGCACUUGUCCUUAUUGCGAUGUAUAACGUGUGGGAUCUCAUAGGAAGAUAUGUGCCACUAAUCAAAUGCUUAAAACUGGAAUCGCGGAACGGACUCAUGUUGGUGAUUCUCUCGCGUUUUCUACUUAUCCCUGCCUUCUACUUCACAGCCAAAUAUGGUGAUCAGGGCUGGAUGAUUAUGCUCACAUCGUUCUUGGGACUAAGUAACGGCUACCUCACAGUCUGUGUCCUCACUUCUGCACCAAAAGGUUACAAGGGACCAGAGCAGAAUGCCUUGGGAAAUAUUCUAGUGUUGUUUCUUUUAGGAGGCAUAUUUGCUGGUGUAACUCUAGAUUGGUUGUGGCUUAUAGGCAAAGGUUGGUAAGUAUCAUAUUAGCUACUUUUCAAAGUUGAGAUUUUCUCUUGUCAUUUAGUCUCAAUAGAGAUGUCUCUCAUCUAAUUUCAUCCAAUGUAUAGCCAUGAUACUAUGUAAAGGUUGGUUGAUUUCGUUGGGCAUUGAUUUGUCAUUCGUUCUUAAGGUUAUAGUUCUGUUGAUUAUCAUUAAAUGGAUGGAAUUAUGGUAGACCUAUUUUCAGAUAACUGAACCUUUUAUGCAUUUUAUUUUUAAUUUUCCUUUAAUGGAGUGGAAUGACCGAGAAAAGUUGCUUGAUCGA